AUGUCCGAUUCUGUGAAUAACCUAUUAGGAAGCCUCCUAGGCACGUUCUGCUUCGCGAUACUCCUUUAUGGAAGUGCAACCUCGCAGGCGUACAACUACUGGUGGAACUAUCCGAACGACGUCAAGUUCCAUCGACGAAUAGUCAUCUCUGUGUGGCUCAUUGAUACGAUACACACUGCGUUGUGCAUCGCUUUGUUGUAUCAUUGGCUGAUCAUUGGCUACGGGAACCUGUCACACGCCGAGAACACUGUCUGGCCUGGGAACAUCACGAUGUUCAUGGAGGUAGAGGUCACGCCCUUCCUUCAGGAUAAUAUUGCGCUUAGAAGAGCAGCUUCUAUAUCAGUCAAGUCUGGGUUUCGUCUCAUACUCAUAUAUGCCAGGGAGUCAAAGAAGUGUACCAUUAUGCUUGGUGAUGGUGCGACGAUGCAACUAUAUAACACGUUCAGCGGCUUACCCUGGACACAGGCGGCAAUGCUAAGUGCUCGAAUAGGCACUUGUGUUCUCUUAUUCAAAUACAAGACACUCAGCAGAUUUGCCGAGAGUCAAGGUCCACUCAUUAUCACAGUGUGUGGUCUUAGUCUCGGGGCCGCUGUCGAUCUUAUGGUAUCUCUGUCGCUGAUUGCGGAUAACAGGAAGAUGCAUGUUGUUGAGAUCCUUCAAUCUUAUGUGAUCAACUCCGGAGUUCUUACAAUUAUAUGCCAACUCGCUCUUUGCAACGUGCGUGGCGUGUCCUCCGUGCGCUGGCAAGCGUUCACGCUACUCACAACUACCGAGGUAGUGGAGAACUCACAGUUGAUGCUUCGGCAGUCACAUCAGUGGUGCACAUCAACGAUGUUUAUACGAAGACUAGACAAGGCGCUCUCGCAGCUCAAUGCUGCAUACUGUGUCCUGCCGGAGGCUUGGCCAAAGGCGCAGAAUGGCAGAGCCCCCUUCCUGUAUUCAUCCGCCGUCCGCGGGAACAAUAUCCUGAACGAUAAGCCACGCAGUCCAGACCUGAACUCAAGGUCGAUCACUGUGCAUCUCGACGUAAGAAUGAAUCUGGUAUUGCCGAGGACGAACGCGUUCGGGGCGGUCGUGUGUCAUAUUACUGAAGAUGAGUUGCUCGGUGAUGGCGAGUGA